AUGCCUUCCUCUCUGCGCGCCAGCUACCGAUCGAAAACAUGCCAUCAAUGCCGUUCCAGAAAGGUCCGCUGCGAUGGCCGCCCCGAGACCUGCAGCAAUUGCGACCGACUGCAGUUUAGCUGCUCGUUUCAAACCCACAGUGUCGAUACCGGGUCGUCCGGGAGACCGGAACGUCUUCGCGCAAAAACGGCUUGUACAAGGUGUCAUUCAUUGAAGGUGAGAUGCAGCGGACAUGUCCCGUCGUGUGUGAGGUGUCAGAAACGGGGGAAGAACUGCGUUUAUCCUUCGACUUCUUCGGUAACUGGAUCCUCUGAAUCCUCUGGGCUCGACAAAGGGAAAGGAGAUGAACGAAUCGAAGUUUCAGCUGAACCAGAAACGAGCCUUGCCCAAACGAAAAGCUUCAUCGAACCAGACAUUCAGCGAUUUCAAGCAGCACUGGAUACUUUCUUCGCGCGCGUAUAUCCUCUCCCAGGUUAUUCCUUUCUGCACCGCAUAUCGCUUUAUGACCGAUUCCAUCGAGGUGAGGUUGACAACGCUCUUCUACUCUCAAUUGUCGCUACCACCACUACUCUCAUCGAAUUGGACCCAGAGGCUCGAGAAUACGGUUUCCAAUGUCUUCAAGCAGCAGAAAGAAUCAUUCUCAACUCCCUGGGCCAGCCAUCUAUCAUGAAGACCCAGGCUUUACUGCUGAUAAUCCGUUGCAAGAUGUGCAUCGGCGAACAUUCGUCUGCGUUUCCAUUGGUCGCCAUUCUAGCUCGGAUGGCGUUCUCUCUGCGUUUGAAUUAUGAGAGACCAGGGAGGUCAUUCAUAGCCCAUGAGGCACGCAGGCGAUUAAUGUGGGCGGUCUAUAUGUUGGACACGAUCUGGGCUGGAGGUCUUCUGGAAUUUACUACUUGUCCGGUGGAUGCGAUUCACCAGGGGCUGCCCUGUCAGGAAGAGAAUUUCGAGUUGGACAGCCCGCCUGAGCAGGAGAUUUUUCUUUAUUCAAAGUCUCAAAUACCUGGACUACUAGCAUCUAGUGCUUGCAUUGCCCAUUUGAGGGAUCAAGUUUUGCGUUGCGUGAAGAAAUUUGCUGCUGGAAUGUGCACAUCCGGCGACAUCAUCCACGGCAUCCAGCAACGAGAAGCCGAUCUGCAAGCCUUCCAUGACCGGCUUCCUCAGUCCGUAAAAUAUUCCGACCGAAAUCUUCGAUUGCGCGCCCACUCACCCUGGCUCUGUCGAUUCAUCUUCGUGAAUCUGCUGUGGCACCAAUGUCAUUGUGAUCUUUAUCGGUGCAUUACUACCGGUCUUAUCGAGUCAAUUCCGGCCUCCACAUUUCACCAGCUGGAUAGUUCAUUUGUCUCGCGGUGCCAGGAGAGGUGUGCGUUGCAUGCAGAGACUAUAGCAGAGAUAUUCAUGUCUCUGAUGACUCUUUCAACCGAUACCAUUAUACCCUUGGAAAUGGCUGCGUGUGCAUACCAAGAAUACGGAAGCUCUUGCCUAGAAAUAGUCAAGCGAGUGUCUUUUACUUCGCCUUCCGUGCAGAGAAUUGAAACCGACCUGAAGGCUCUCCUCGACGAAGUAUUAUCGCCACAUCAGUCCUCCAGUCCAGAAAGCCAUCCUCCCACGCCAGACACAACCCCGCGUCAGGUUCUUUCUAUCCAUAGCCUGAUCAUCAGGUCGGAAUUCGGAGACGAUAGCGACGAAGUUGGCCUUGCAGAUGAGCCCCCAAAUUCGGAGCCUAGAUCCCAGAUUAAGGAGCCAUUCCCAAACGCUCAAGAAGUUUUACCCUCGCUGUUAUCUACUUUUAGUCCUGGCUCGCUAGAGAAUGAUAUGUGGUUGGAAGGUACUGGGAUCGAGGCCUGGGACAAACAGGAGACGGGAUUUGAUCUGAUGCGGCAGAUGCAGUGGGAUGGAACGGGGUAUCUUGCUUGA